AUGGUGUUUAAGCCAUUUACACACCUCGCGCGUCAGACCUUUUCGAAGACCUUUGCCCACGGCUACGCCCAAUCCGUUGUUGCCGCAUCGCAAUCGUCCUAUGCCUCCUCGAACACUUCCCUAAAUCAAAUCACCGCCCUUCCCGGAAAGUUUACUCGGACUGCUCAACUCCAAAACGCUUUCCAGCAUGCUUCCGGCUCAUCGAAUGCCGGUCCGAAGGCAGGACACGCUGCUUCCAAUCUCCCUUCGGGUGAUUCCGGUUUAGCUGCUUAUUUUGCAGCAUGGCAGCUCGCACAACAGACUGGAGAUGAAGCAGACUGGAAACAAUAUCAGUUUACAAAAAGAAUUGGCUACAAGGCGGGUGCUAAGGACGCUAAGGAAGAUGGCAAGCUUGAAAAACAGCUUGUAAAGGAAGACCCAAAUUCUCUGUCCUCCACGUCAUUGGCGGAAAAUCGCAGUUUGCGAUCCGUCGAAAGCGCUCCUGUCGAUAAAGAUGUCAGUGCCAAGGUCGACGAGGCCGUUGCUCGUGAGAUUCAACAGAUUCAGGAUGCUGCGGAGAAUGUUGACACCGCUCCAGCGUCUAACGCUGAUUCUGCGGAGAUAUUCGAUUCUAAGGAAGGCUCCAGCGCCGAGCUAACACCCGUUUCGUCCGUUCAAGACGCCGCUUCUGUGCCAGCAACGCCGCACGGUGCAUCAAAACAAUUACCCUCGACCAACAAGGAGUCUAAGCGGAUCGAGGAGCUUUCAUCAACUGGUUCAUUCGCUCAAAUCCCUGCCGCAUUUGAAGCUUUACUUAAGGAUGGCUUGCUUCCAAGUGCUGGUGCAUAUAACGCGCUUCUUCAGGCAGCCAUUCACCUGCAUCCAGAUGUUUACCAUGCAGUACCAAAAGCCCUUGAUAUUUACUCUGAUAUGAUCCGCCGAAAUGUCAUGCCAAAUGAAGAAACGUAUCAAACCUUGGUACAACUUCUUUCUACCCGUGCACUGGAUUGUCAGCAUAUGGUCCAGAAACUUGAACAAGGACGAGUCCGCUAUGGAGGCAUGGAUGAACCCGGGAAGUUCAUCUUCCGAUCUAGCGAGGUGGAGCAUGAACUCUUAGUUGAGGACCAUUCUCUACCUAUUGCUUUGAAAUUGUUCACACUGGCCACUUCUCGUCACCGGGGCAUUGUAUUUCCAAUCAAUGUAUAUCAGACCCUCCUAACUGCCUGCGCAUUGCGUGGAGAAGUCGACAAGAUGAUCCAGAUUUUUGCCCACAUGGAAGCCAACAAAGUUGCACCCCAUGCUGCUAUGUUCCCUCCGAUGAUCGACGCUUUUGCGGCCAGCGGUGACCUAAAAAGUGCAGUUGAGUGCUACAACGAAUACAAAGCAUUGGCCAUUGCCGAUAACAGCGGCGUUUUUGGCAUAGUUGACAGGAAAGACGAGCAAGUUUAUGCCGCUGUUGUCAAGGCAUACAUGACAUGCGGCAAAAAUGAUGGAGCCCUCCGAUUCCUCGACAAAAUCAGGGCUUCCUUUGAUGGUGUUGAGAACCGGGAACAACGAUUGACGGCUGCGGAAAAUGUCAUCAUGCAGGAUGGCCUCAUCCAACACUCUUUGAACGCCGGCAAUUUUGCUGAUGCCCUUCAGACUGCUCGUACUAGCCUUGGUGGAGACAUUUUGACUUUGGCCGUGUCGAAAAUUUGCGCAGCCGCUGCAGAUGCAGGGGAGUCUGCCGUUGCUUCCGAAGCAUACGAUCUUUUGUCUGUGGAGAAACCUUGCGAUGGAAUCCCUGUUGUCGCCAUGAUGGCCAUGUAUGUUCGCCAGGGUGAUCUCAUGUCGGCGAAAUCUCAGUGGGCUAUAUUAGCCUCCAACAGCCGUGCAGCUGCAGAUAUCAUCCAGCCUACUGCCAUGUAUGCUGUCGCUCUUCUGAGGAGUGGCGAUAUCGACGAAGGCCUAAGUCAAGCCCGUACUAUGUUCACCAAAAUCAGGAAUAGCAGCAUGAAUAAACAGGGCCAACUGCGCGAAGAAAUUGAUGAAGCUAUUGAACUCUUUGGUCGAAUCUUGGUGGAGUCAUCGCCAAACAUUUCAUCUCACGCUGCUAUGACUCUUUUGUGGUCUAUGGUUGAGAACGGUGGGUUGGUUUCUCCAGUGGCAGAGCAUGCCGUUGCAAGCCUUGGGCCCAUGGAAAUUGCUCAUCUAAGUGCCAAUGAUCUCAAUCUUGCCCUUCAAGUCCAAACCGGUAUGCUUGUCAAUGGGUCGCCUCUGUUUGACGCGGCACAUCCUGCUCGUUUUGCUCAUAUGCUUGAGCUUGCCAUGUCAACGGGAAUACCAAUCAACCAAUACACCAAACAGCUCUUAGGUCAAGGAGUUGCAAAGCUUAGUGACAGUCGACCUGACCUACUACGACGAUGGCAACGCUUUACUCAGCCUCCCGCAGAACGGACCUUUGUUUCGCCACCUUACACUCCCGUGACGAAAGCUUCUCCUGGCUUGAAACCAACCUACCCAGAAGAUUCAUUCGAUCCCUAUGCACACUCAACUGAUUUCCGAGGCUCUGCUGUUAUCGCGGAAGAGCUCGAAAGCUCUCGCGGCCGAUUGGACGACCACCUCAAUACCGCCAUGAUCAAAUUCAGAAAUAUGCGCCGUAUUGGGAGACAUCCAAGGUACAUCACGUAUGCCAAAUUAAUCACGGCAGCUGCCAAGUGUGGCCGAAUGAACCUAGUUCAAGAAAUCCUUGGAAUGGCCAGACACGACGUGCCCCUAAUUCCUCAGUAUGGUGCCGUGAAAUAUGGUUGGACUUCUAUCUUUGAUGCCAUGGUUGCUGCUUGCUUGACCUCAGGCGAGCGUGGCCUAGCUGCAAAGUACCACCAAGAGCUGUUGAACAUGGGCGCCGCACCUUCAGCGAAUACUUUUGGCCUCUACAUCACCACCCUAAAGGAUUCCACCAAGACCUUCGAUGAGGCAACAGAAGCCGUGAAAAUAUUCCACAGGGCUAUGUCCGAGGGCGUUGAGCCCACGUCAUUCUUGUAUAACGCACUGAUCGGAAAACUCGGCAAGGCUCGCCGCAUUGAUGACUGUUUGCUGUACUUUGCAGAAAUGCGUGCCAAUGGUGUUCGCCCAACCAGUGUUACAUAUGGCACAAUCGUCAAUGCUCUCUGCAGGGUUAGUGAUGAACGUUUUGCCGAAGAAAUGUUUGAUGAGAUGGAGUCUAUGCCGAACUACAAGCCGCGACCAGCACCAUACAACUCGCUCAUUCAAUAUUUCCUUAAUACCAAGCGCGAUCGAACAAAGGUUCUAACGUAUUAUGAACGGAUGAAGUCCAAGAAUAUCGAACCUACUAUGCACACCUAUAAGCUUCUUAUUGAUGCAUACGCUUCGUUGGAACCGGUGAACAUGGCGGCCGCAGAAGGCAUCAUGGAGGCUAUCCGGUCGACUGGACAACAACCUGAAGGCGUUCAUUACGCGUCUCUCAUUCACGCCAAAGGAUGCGUUCUCCACGACAUGGAAGGUGCUCGUCGGGUUUUCGAUGCUGCUCUGUCUAAUGGUGCCUUGAAACCUCAAGCCUGUUUGUAUCAGGCUCUCUUCGAAGCGAUGGUCGCCAAUCAUAAAGUUACCGAUACCACCGCGCUCGUUGAGGAUAUGAAAAAACGGGGCGUUGAGAUGACAGCAUACAUCGCCAACACCCUGAUUCACGGUUGGGCGGCCGAUGGCAAUGUUGUCAAUGCAAAGAGUAUGUAUGACAGCCUGGGCAUGCAGAAGCGCGAGCCUAGCACAUACGAGGCCAUGACUCGGGCAUUCCUUGCAGCUGAGGAUCGACAAAAUGCGUCUGCCGUCGUUCAGGAGAUGCUCUCCCGUGGAUAUCCUUCUGCCGUUGCCAGCAAGGUGGUGGAGCUGGUUAGUGGCGGCAGCGUCUCUGCUACUACCAUAUGA